CUAGCUAACCCUGACUCGAGAAUUGCCCCGACGUGCCGCGCUACCCUGUCUCGUCAACUGUGAGGAGCUCGGGCCUAUGGUAGCUCGGCUGUCAUAAUGUAAGUCAGGUUACUGCAGUUAGUGUUUUCUUUAACAGCGCCACAGCGCCACAGCAGCUUCAAGAUGUACAUAAAAAUCAUCGUCAUCAGCUUGCUCGUGUUGCUGCUCCAGCAUUGCGUCAAGUUAUACUUCCAGAUGGACUUCAACAAGCACGUGUUCAACCAUUACCCCGGCCCCUGUCAGCAAGUAGAAGGAAUGGGUUUUGGCUCUGAGGAUAUGCAUAUGCUGCCAGAUGGGCGGACAUUCAUAACAUCAGGGAUCCGGAUGGCUGGUAAUGCUCCUUCCCUUGAGAAGUUUUAUGCACAAAACAACAUCAAGGGGAGGAUCUACUUGUUCAACAUGAAGAACCCCAGGAAGGUGGUGCAGGAGAUGACGCUGACGUCCACGGAGGACUUUGACAAGGACAAGCUGCAGCCGCACGGCAUCAGUGCUUGGGAGGACAAGACGUCAGGUAGGGUGUUCCUGUUUGUUGUGAAUCAUGGACAUGACGGACAGGAGAAGGUGGAGAAAUUCCUCGUGUCUUUCGAGAAAGUUUCAUUACAACAUUUGAAGUCUUACCAUGGAGACUCAACCUUUAGGAACUUAAAUGACCUUGUCGCCACCAGUGAGGACAGUUUCUAUUACACCAACUUUUUAUACAGCGAGAGCAUUGUCGGUAAAAUUUUGGAAAGUCUCUCUUUCAUGCCCUGGGCCUAUGUUGGCUACUUUGAUGGAAUGGGUUAUCGCAUUGUGGCUGACGGGAUCAUGAUGGCUAAUGGUAUACACAUGUCCGCCGAUGGAAGGCAUAUCUAUGUCACCGCCUCCACGGCCCAUGACCUGAGGAUUUAUGACAGGAACGAUGACAACUCUUUACAACUGAGAGAGAUAUACCCAUUGUACUCCACGCCAGACAAUGUGAAUGUGGAUCCCGUCACAGGCCACCUGUACGUCGCACUGCAUCCGAUAUACUAUGUGUCCAUUGCCCACUUCACUGACCCUGCAAACAGAUCUCCUUCCCAGGUCCUGCAGAUCAAGCUGAAAGAUGGUUCUGUGUCCUCUGUGACAGAACUGUUCGUUGAUGACGGAAACCUGAUAUCAGCUUCAACUGUGGCAACUGUUUACAACAAGAAGAUGCUGAUUGGCUCUUUCCUCGACAAGCUAGUUUAUUGUGAUGUUGAUGUACCCCUUUAAUUUUAUUAGUGCUUGUUAUUUACCAUUGCAUUAACAACAAACAUUUUUUUAAAAGGAUAAAACAUGACAAUAAAUUUCUAUUUUCAGAAACAUCAAAUUUAGGAUGCGUUUUAUGUUUGAUGUCUAUAAACUCGCCAAAGAAUAUAUUCAACAAAUUAUCAGGCUUUGGUUUAAUUAUGGCAACAUGUUGGCAUCGCCUGUAUCUGACGUUUCAAAUCCGUUUCUUUAUUCUAACCUAAAGUCACUCAUGCAUACAUAUGCAUUCUCUGUCCCCCGUUAGCCCGUGACCUCGCUGUGAGGAAAUGAAUUGUAACUGUAUGACAGCUAAAUGCCCUGCACCAACAGACGUUUGUCAUUUGGGUCACGAAUAUCACGGCUAUAUUCUGAUCAUGUACCCCUACCAGUAUGGGGACCGGUACAAGAGUGCACACCCCAAUCCCCAUCCCCCAACCCCCAACCCCCAAACCAAUUUUGGAGCAUACUAAUUUUAGUAUGUUGGUGUAUUAAAAACGUGUAAUUAAAUCAUUCGGUGCCAUGUUUUUCAUAACAACAGCUAUCAAUUGGUGAAUAAAUGAAUCUGUUUCUA